GUCCUCGAGCAGGACCUGUGCGACCUCCGGCUCCCGCCGGAGACCUUCGACGGCGUCUUCGCGAACGCGUCCCUCUUCCACGUGCCGCGCGAGCACCUCGCCGAGCUCCUCGCGCGCAUCCGCGCGUGCCUCAAGCCCGGCGGGCGCUUCUUCUGCUCCAACGCCCACGGCUUCGGCGAGGACAAGGAGGGCUGGACCCAGGGCCGGACGCCGUCGACGCGGUCCUGGGUCUGCUGGCUCAGCGAGGCGUCCUGGAACGCCGCGUGCGAGGCCGCGGGCUUCGCGCUCGCGGACUCGUACUACCGCGGCUCGUCGAAGGCGUUCCUCGCGACGGUCUGGGCGAAG